AGUGGCUACAGGGCGGGGAAACCCUAACUGCGCCCCGUGAUUGGCCAAUGGCCUCUGAGCGGCGGGGCGGGCAGGGCCUCGCGGCAGUGCGGAGUCAGACGCCGAGAUGGCGGCGGUGGGGGUGGAUUCUCUGUGCGGGCUCUGCAGUGCCGCCGCGUCCCCCUACACGUGCCCGCGGUGCCACCGCCGCCUCUGCUCCCUGCGCUGCUACCGCGCGCACGGCCCCUGCGCCGAGGCCUUUUACCGCGAUCAGGUUCUCGAGGCGUUGCGCGCUGAGCGCAGUUGCCCCCCGAGCCCCGCGCUGCCCGGGCUGCGCGAACUACGCGAGCCCGGGGAUCCAGCGCGGCCUACGGGCCGCGGGCUGUGGGAACAGCUCAGCGAGGGGGAGCGCGACGGGUUCCGCCGGCUGGUGAGUUCCGGGGAGGCCGCGGCGCUGCUGCUGCGGUGGCGGCCGUGGUGGUGGCGCGGGCGAGGGCGAGUGGAGGAGCUCGGGGACGGCUCGGGGGUCGAUGAGGAGGGCGGCGAAGGUCGGCCCGGCCCCGCCCCGCCCGUCCCGACAUCGGUGCCCCCACUGAGCGCCCUCCGCGCCGCGCCCCCGUCCCCCUUGGUGCGAUUCCAGCUGCCGAACGCGCUGUUCGGUUACGCCUUCGCGCUGAGCCUCCACGGCGGGGACGAGACGCUGCUCCCCGAGCUCCCCGACGCCGCCAUCGCCGCCUCGGCCGCGCUCCGCGACCGCCGACCCUUCGCCAGCACAGCCGAGGCGCUUCUGAGCGCCCGGCGCGACGCUCGGGCCGCGGGGCUGCCCCUGAGCCCUCUCGGCGACAGUGGGGCGCUCCUGGCCGUGGCGCAGCUGCUGGAGGGUCGCGAUAGUCGCGACCCCGGCGCCGACGUGGCAGCGGCUUUGUGGCACCUGUGGCGGCUGCUGAGGGCAGGGGCGCGGGUGCUGCCGCCCCCCGAGCGGGGCCGCUUUCGAGGGGCCCGCAGGAAGGUCGGGUUCCUGCUGAGCUGGAGCCGGGGGGCCACCGAGGAGCUCGGCCAGCUCGCCCGGGAGGCGCGGGGGGUUCACGCCGAGGUGGCCGCAGAGGAGGUGGCAAUGGCCCAAGUCAGGGAGAGGCUGGAGAAAGUUUGGGGGGGCCCCCGACCGCCCCUCGGGAAGGAGCGGGUGGAGGAGGCGCCCUGGAUGGUCACAGAGGGGGCCCGGGUGGUCAUGGAGGGGGUUUUCGGGGGUCCCCGGCCUGCCCCAGGCGACGGUGCUGACAAGGGGGUGCAGGGUCGGCGGCUGAUCGAGGAGCUGGACUGAGAUGGGGAGAUCCGGAGGAAACACCCCUGGGAGAGAAUCCGCUGGCGAAGGGGCAGGACUGAUGAACGCCCAGAGAACCAGGUCCGGGAAAGCUGCUCAUUAAGGGAUAGGACUAAUGAACAUCCAACAAAACAGUGCCAGGAAUGACUCUCAUUAAACGAUGGGAUUGAGGAGAUCCUGGUGGAAGAGACCUGGCUCGUUAAGGGGUGGGACUAACCAACAUCCAACAAACUAGUCUGAGGAAUGACGCUCGUUAAGGAACGGCACUCAUUAAGGGAGGGGACUAACAAGACACCGAGGAAGUGGAUUCAUGAGAGAAGCAGCUCAUCAGCCGUCCAGACUAAGGAAGAUCGAAGGAACAAGGCCCAGAACUGCUCGUUAAGGGCCGGGACUAAAGAACAUGCCAAAAACCAGUCCUGGGGACGAUGCUCACCAAGGAGUGGGACUCAGCAAGGACAGGACUUAUGAGCAGUGAAACACCAUUAGGAGAGAUCCUGAAUUAAUUAAGGGUCUGGGCUAAUGAAGGGCUGGUGAAAGCCGCACAAUAACCAGAUCCCGAGGAAAAGGAAUGAGGAGCAAGCCUCCUUGUUAAUGACCCGGCUAAAGAACAUCCGGGAAUAAACCUGGACCCAAACAA